AUGUCCACGCUACCAAAUACCGAUUCAAAGUCUCUCGCCGAGGUGGAACACAUUGAAGAGCAGCAUGGAGUCUCAUGGGAGCAGAUCAAGGAGGAGGCUCACCGCGCCAUCGAGGCAGAACAGAACAUGACUCCUCUGGAGGCGCUCAGGAAAUACCCCAUGGCCGUUUUCUGGUCAUGGGUGAUCUCACUGGCUGUCCUCAUGGAAGGUUUCGACACGAAUUUGUUGGGUUCGCUGUUUGCUCUUCCUGCUUUCCAGCAAGCGUAUGGUAGUUACUCGGACGUCAGCAAGUCCUACACCCUCUCUGCACCUUGGCAAUCUGGCAUCUCCCAAGCGUCCACGUGCGGCACAUUCAUCGGUAUCAUCCUCAAUGGAUACUUGAUUGACCGCUUCGGGUACAAAAGGACCCUUUUGGUCAUGCUCGUCUUCAUCACCGGCUUCAUCGCUAUUCCAACCUUUGCACCAAACCCUGCCACGCUUGUCGUAGGCGAGUUCUUAUGUGGCAUACCUUGGGGAGUGUUCUGCACCCUCGCUCCCGCCUAUGCAUCCGAGGUCGCCCCCGUCCAGCUUCGUGGAUACCUGACGACGUAUGUUAACCUCUGCUUCGUCAUUGGCCAUUUUCUCGCUCUUGGUGUGCUCAACGGUGUCGAGACCUGGACGAGCCAAUGGGCGUAUCGCGUCCCCUUCUGUUUGCAGUGGAUGUGGCCGGUCCCGAUCUUUAUUACUGUUUGCUUUGCUCCGGAAUCUCCAUGGUGGCUUGUCCGCAAGGGUCGUCUCGCUGAGGCGGAGACUAUGAUUAAACGCUUGAGCAAGAAUAGCCCCAUCAAUCCGAGAGACGCAGUCGCCAUGAUGGUCAGGACGAACCAGCUUGAAAUUGACCAGACUGAGGGCACUCGCUUCAUUGACUGCCUCAAGGGCCCAGAUCUGCGUCGCACGGAGGUCUCCUGUGUUGCUUGGGCCAUACAAAUCUUUUGCGGCCUACCCUUCCUUUCUUGGGACACAUACUUCUUCGAACAAGCCGGCCUGGCCUCGAGUAAUGCAUUUAAAGUCAGUCUCGCGGUUGAGGGUCUGUCGUUCAUCGGCGUCUUCCUCUCUUGGGUCUUCCUCACCUGGCUCGGUCGUCGGACAAUCUACCUUGGGGGACAACUAGCCAUGGUCAUCUUGAUGCUUCUUGUUGGCUUCCUACAAAUCGCGUCAAAUAAGGGCAGCAAGGACUCUAACUGGGGUCAGGGUGCCAUGCUCAUGCUCUGGUGCGUUGUAUACAACGGCACGAUCGGCCCUCUUGCUUUCUGCAUUGCAGCCGAAACGUCCUCAACUCGUUUGAGAGGCAAGACAAUUGCCUUGGCCCGUAACACAUACAACAUUGUUAGCAUCGUCUUCGGUAUCGUCACGCCCUAUAUGUUGAACCCCAAUGAGGGUAACUGGAAAGGAUUCACCGGCUUCUGGUGGGCCGGUAUUGGCUUCAUCUUCGCUGUGUGGUCGUACUACCGUCUUCCUGAAUGCAAGGGAAGGACAUACUGGGAACUCGACAUUUUAUUCGAGCGCAAGGUCCCGGCCAGGGAGUUCAAGGCUGCUGUCGUCUCCAAUGAUGCCGACGAGCAACUGCACGGUGCACACAACAAUGUGGUAACCAUGUUGGGCGAGGAUGAUGAGAAGGUUGUAUGA